ACCUGCCUCGCUCAAUGUCACCUUCAAGAUGCAGAAAUAGGGAUUUGGGAAGGGGACUGUGAAAUUUUCGAAGUCUUCCAAAAUACUUUGAGAAACUAUAUUUGGAAGCACUUUGGGGGGAGAGGUUGGACAGGAAGGGUCUUCAGAGAUCAUCAAAUUCAACUUUCUAAAUCCUAAGGAGGAAACCGAGACUCUAGGAUGUGAAGUCCCUUCUCUACCAAACUAGAAUGGAUGCAGGAGGAAUGUCUGAGGUGCAAUCCUUAUCCUUUAGCAAAGGUGUCCUCUGCGUCUUCCUUAACCCAUCUCUUGGACCUCCAGAAAGACAGCUGAGGAUGGCAAGGGGAGUCUGGAACCACUGGAGUCGCCCCCAGCCUCCUCCUUGGAGGGCCCCCAUGAAGGAGGCCCUUCAGUGACAGAGAUUGAGAGAGAGGGAGGGCGAAAGGAAGGAAGGGGAGCCAGAGGUGGGAGUGGAAGAGGCAGCCUCGCCUGGGGCUGAUUGGCUCCCGAGGCCAGGGCUCUCCAAGCGGUUUAUAAGAGUUGGGGCUGCCGGGCGCCCUGCCCGCUCGCCCGCGCGCCCCAGGAGCCAAAGCCGGGCUCCAAGUCGGCGCCCCACGUCGAGGCUCCGCCGCAGCCUCCGGAGUUGGCCGCAGACAAGAAGGGGAGGGAGCGGGAGAGGGAGGAGAGCUCCGGAGCCAGAGGGCCGAGCGCCAUGCGCCGCGCCAGCAGAGACUACACCAAGUACCUGCGUGGCUCGGAGGAGAUGGGCGGCGGCCCCGGAGCCCCGCACGAGGGCUCCCUGCACGCUCCGCCGCCGCCUGCGCCGCACCAGCCCCCCGCAGCCUCCCGCUCCAUGUUCGUGGCCCUCCUGGGGCUGGGGCUGGGCCAGGUCGUCUGCAGCGUCGCCCUGUUCCUCUAUUUCAGAGCGCAGAUGGAUCCUAAUAGAAUAUCAGAAGAUGGCACUCACUGCAUUUAUAGAAUUUUGAGACUCCAUGAAAAUGCAGAUUUUCAAGACACAACUCUGGAGAGUCAAGAUACAAAAUUAAUACCUGAUUCAUGUAGGAGAAUUAAACAGGCCUUUCAAGGAGCUGUGCAAAAGGAAUUACAACAUAUUGUUGGAUCACAGCACAUCAGAGCAGAGAAAGCGAUGGUGGAUGGCUCAUGGUUAGAUCUGGCCAAGAGGAGCAAGCUUGAAGCUCAGCCUUUUGCUCAUCUCACUAUUAAUGCCACCAACAUCCCAUCUGGUUCCCAUAAAGUGAGUCUGUCCUCUUGGUACCAUGAUCGGGGUUGGGCCAAGAUCUCCAACAUGACUUUUAGCAAUGGAAAACUAAUAGUUAAUCAGGAUGGCUUUUAUUACCUGUAUGCCAACAUUUGCUUUCGACAUCAUGAAACUUCAGGAGACCUAGCUACAGAGUAUCUUCAACUAAUGGUGUACGUCACUAAAACCAGCAUCAAAAUCCCAAGUUCUCAUACCCUGAUGAAAGGAGGAAGCACCAAGUAUUGGUCAGGGAAUUCUGAAUUCCAUUUUUAUUCCAUAAACGUUGGUGGAUUUUUUAAGUUACGGUCUGGAGAGGAAAUCAGCAUCGAGGUCUCCAACCCCUCCCUACUGGAUCCGGAUCAGGAUGCAACAUACUUUGGGGCUUUUAAAGUUCGAGAUAUAGAUUGAGCCCCAGUUUUUGGAGUGUUAUGUAUUUCCUGGAUGUUUGGAAACAUUUUUUAAAACAAGCCAAGAAAGAUGUAUAUAGGUGUGUGAGACUACUAAGAGGCAUGGCCCCAACGGUACAAGACUCAGUAUCCAUGCUCUUGACCUUGUAGAGAACACGCGUAUUUACAGCCAGUGGGAGAUGUUAGACUCAUGGUGUGUUACACAAUGGUUUUUAAAUUUUGUAAUGAAUUCCUAGAAUUAAACCAGGUUGGAGCAAUUACGGGUUGACCUUAUGAGAAACUGCAUGUGGGCUAUGGGAGGGGUUAGUCCCUGGUCAUGUGCCCCUUCGCAGCUGAAGUGGAGAGGGUGUCAUCUAGCGCCAAUGAAGGAUCAUCUGAAGGGGUAAAUUCUUUUGAAUUGUUACAUCAUGCUGGAACCUGCAAAAAAUACUUUUUCUAACGAGGAGAGAAAAUAUAUGUAUUUUUAUAUAAUAUCUAAAGUUAUAUUUCAGAUGUAAUGUUUUCUUUGCAAAGUAUUGUAAAUUAUAUUUGUGCUAUAGUAUUUGAUUCAAAAUAUUUAAAAAUGUCUUGCUGUUGACAUAUUUAAUGUUUUAAAUGUACAGACAUAUUUAACUGGUGCACUUUGUAAAUUCCCUGGGGAAAACUUGCAGCUAAGGAGGGGAAAAAAAUGUUGUUUCCUAAUAUCAAAUGCAGUAUAUUUCUUCAUUCUUUUUAAGUUAAUAGAUUUUUCAGACUUGUCAAGCCUGAGCAAAAAAAAUUAAAAUGGAUGCCUUGAAUAAUAAGCAGGAUGUUGGCCACCAGGUGCCUUUCAAAUUUAGAAACUAAUUGACUUUAGAAAGCUGACAUUGCCAAAAAGGAUACAUAAUGGGCCACUGAAAUCUGUCAAGAGUAUUUAUAUAAUUGUUGAACAGGUGUUUUUCCACAAGUGCCGCAAAUUGUACAUUUUUUGUUUUUUCAAAAUAGAAGUUAUUAGUGGUUUAUCAGCAAAAAAGUCCAAUUUUAAUUUAGUAAAUGUUAUCUUAUACUGUACAAUAAAAACAUUGCCUUUGGAUGUUAAUUUUUUGGUACAAAAAUAAAUUUAUAUGAAAACCUGC